ACAGCUCUUCCUUCUCUCCUCCAGCCGAAGAGUGGCCAUGGCUGUCGGGGGCCACCCUUCCGCCCAGCUCCAGGAGGAUGCCACUUGCUCCAUCUGCUUGGACUUCUUCCAGGACCCGGUGAUGAUCAUCGACUGCGGGCACAACUAUUGCCGGGCGUGCAUCUCCCAGUGCCAGGACUCCUGUUGCCCCCGCUGCAGGAUCCCUUUCCCUUCGGACAACCUCCGGCCCAACAGGGAUCUCCGGAAUCUGGUGGAGGCGAUCCGGCAGCUCAGCCUUGCGGAGGCGGCCGAGCCAAAGCCGGCGGGAGGCGGCCCGAAAGUGUGCGAAAAGCAUCAGGAAGCCGCCAAGCUCUUCUGCCAGGAAGACCAAGCCUUCCUCUGCCUGGUCUGCAGGGAGUCCCGCGCCCACAGAGCCCACACCGCCCUCCCCAUCGAGGAGGCUGCCCAGGAGUACCGGGAUCAAAUCCAGACUUUUUUGAAAAAACUGGCAAAAGAAAGAGAUGAAAUACAGAGAGUAAACUUGUUCAGUGAGCAGAACUAUCAACAAAUUAAGAGUAAUUUGGAAUCUGCCAAGCGUCUCAUUGGAUCCGAUUAUCCAGAAAAAGAAGCCCAGACCGUGAUGAUGCCCCUGGUAAACGCAUGUGAAGCCAAUCUGCAGAUACUUAUGAAAGCACCCAAUGAUUUAUCCUGUCUUAACAAACUGAUCAGUGAAAUAGAAGAGAAGUCUCAGCAGUCCUCCUUUGGAUUCUUGCAGGGCAUUGGUGAUUUACUGAACAGAUGUGAGCAAGAAACAAGAAGACCCAGACAUGAUCUGAAUGCGAUCCUUGGAUCCUUCACUGAAAACUUAACCCUGAUCAACACCAGGUUGGAUCAAUAUACAGUGAACAUGCCAAAGACAAACUGGAUAAAAGAAAAUGUGACGCUGGAUGCAAAAACAGCCCAUCCUCGGUUCUUUGUGUCUGAUGACCGGAAAAGCGUACACUGGGCAAAGACCCGCCAGGAUCUGCCAUACAGCUCCAAAAGAUUUGAGGUUGCCCGCUGUGUGCUUGGGAAGAAGGGAUUCACCUCUGGAAAACAUUAUUGGAUCGUGAAUGUAGAGGAUGGUGACUACUGGGCGGUGGGUGUAGCCCAACAAUCUGUGGACAGGGGAGGGAAACUUGAUUUCAAGCCUGAUGAGGGGAUCUGGGCUAUGGCACGUUACGACGACCAGUACAAAGCUCUUACUUCACCCCCUACCCUUCUGGAUCUAAACUAUGAUCCAGUAGAGAUCCAGGUUUCUUUGAACUAUGAUGCUGGAAUAGUGCAUUUCUAUGAUGAAGAUAAGAAACGCCUCUUUACUUUCCGAUCAAUCGAUUUUGAAGAUGAGAAGGUCUUUCCUUUUUUCCGAAUUGGUAAUUCAUCCACAUCUUUGUACCUGCUCUAAAUCGUAAGAGUUGACCAUCCAGGCCAACCCUCUUCUGCCAUGCAGGAACAUACAAUCAAAGCAGCCCUGGCAGAUGGCCAUUCAGCCUUUGCUUUUAAAAACAUUCCAGAAAAGGAGACGCCCAGGCAACAUAUUCCACUGCCGAACAGCUCUUCCCACCAGUAGAUUCUUCCUAAUGUUUAGGUCAGUGGUUCCCAACCUUUUUUUGACCAGGGACCACUCUCCAACAUUAGGAUUGUUGUUGUUCAUUCGUUCAGUUGUCUCCGACUCAUCGUGACCUCAUGGACCACCCCACGCCAGAGCUCCCUGUCGACCGUCACCACCCCCAGCUCCUUCAAGGUCAGUCCAGUCACUUCAAGGAUGCCAUCCAUCCAUCUUGCCCUUGGUCGGCCCCUCUUCCAUUUACCUUCCACUUUCCCCAGCAUAAUUGUCUUCUCUAGGCUUUGCUGUCUCCUCAUGAUGUGGCCA